ACGAGUCGAACUCCGACGCGGGGAUCGGGCGGCCCCGGAGCCGCGGCUGUUUCUCAGCAAGCCGAGCCAGGCGUGGCUCCAGGUCUUUCCUGCCCGACUCUGCGCGUGCGCCCGCCUGGCAGCCGGCGGCCGCGGAGUCCGCUGCAGUCUGCCGUCAGGGUGUCGCGCCGAUGCACGGGCAGCAACGCGGUCCACGAUGACGGAUUACGGCGAGGAACAACGCAACGAGUUGGAGGCUCUGGAGUCCAUCUACCCCGACUCCUUCACAGGCAGAUGUCUCUCAGCUACUCCUGUGUAGCUCCAGUCGUGUUCAAGUUCUCUCGCACCAGCAAUACAGCUGUGCUGCGGAUGUUACGGGGGAUGAUGUUAUCAGAAAACCCACCCAGCUUCACCAUUACUGUGACAUCGGAGGCUGGAGAAAAUGAUGAAACCGUGCAGACUACUCUCAAGUUUACAUACAGUGAAAAAUAUCCAGACGAGGCUCCGCUGUAUGACAUACUCUCCCAGGAAAAUCUAGAAGAUAAUGAUGUCUCAGACAUUUUAAAAUUACUGGCUUUGCAGGCAGAGGAGAAUCUCGGCAUGGUAAUGAUCUUCACCCUCGUGACAGCUGUUCAAGAAAAGUUAAAUGAAAUAGUUGAUCAGAUAAAAACGAGAAGAGAGGAAGAAAAGAAACAGAAAGAGAAGGAAGCAGAAGAGGCAGAGAAGAAACUGUUCCAUGGCACCCCUGUUACGAUUGAGAAUUUCUUGAGUUGGAAGGCCAAGUUUGAUGCAGAACUCCUGGAAAUUAAAAAGAAACGAAUGAAAGAAGAGGAACAAGCAGGGAAAAAUAAACUAAGUGGGAAACAGUUAUUUGAAACAGAUCAUAAUCUUGACACAUCCGACAUCCAGUUCCUGGAGGAUGCUGGGAAUAACGUGGAGGUGGAUGAGUCAUUGUUCCAAGAAAUGGAUGAUUUGGAGCUAGAAGAUGGUGAGGAUGAUCCUGACUACAAUCCUGUUGCCCCAGGGAGUGACUCAGACUGAUGGACUGUCCCUGUCUCCAGAGCGGCGUGAAUGCCACAGCAUCUGUGGCUAUGUUGAGAGGGUUCGGUUCUUCCUUUCGUUUUUUUUUUUUUCUAAGAAAAAACAUAUUUUUCAGGAGAAUAGACUUCUGAUAGCUUUCAUCAUUGACCUUAAUAAACUGCCCAUAAAAUUUCAAAACUAAAA